AAUUGUAGUGUCUUUGACUGAGGUUGCCUUCCCGCUGGUCUCCACGCAGAAGAGAGGAAGCUGACUGCUGGCUGAAUGGCGCUUACCGGGCUGCUGCUGCUGGAGUUGGCUCUCUACGCCAGCUGCUUCGUUUGCGGAAUAAUCACCGCUGCGUGCCUCACAAUUGUCCAGGGUAAUUUUGGAGGAUUGUGCAUGCUGUAUGGACUGGUCAGCUACAACGAAACAGCCAACGCCAUCGGAGUCCAAGUGUCCAGCUCAGCCUCCCUGUGCUACUUUGUGUCGGCCAUUUCUGUCAUCGUAGCCGUGGUGUGCUUCUCGCUGUCCAUUUACUGGCUCUACUCCUUCUGCGUGGACAAAGACAUCAGAAGGGAGCGCAUAUGGAUGAAUUUGACCCUGGUCACGUGCGGCAUCUUCCUCUUCUUCCUGCUCAUCACGGGCUGCAUGCUCAAGAUCGGGCGUGACACGCUUUGUGACUCGGUGACGCACACCGUUCCCAACAUCACCAGCUGUAAGGAGACCCAGACGAGGAAAUGGGUCAGUCCGCUAAGAGGGGAAAAGUUCUACAGCAGUCUACACAAAGCAGAGACGGCCGUGUGGGUCAACUUUAUCUUCUGGCUCAUCAUUGGCGUGCUGGUUCUGGUUCAGAGGCGCCAUAACUCGGGUGCUAAGCCAUUUUUGGGAGGCUUUGGCGGGUCGUCUGGCGGCCUUUUCAGUGACCCGGGUGUGACUGCUGCUGAGACAGAACCCUUUUUCAACCGCCCUGCCAGGCCACAGUGAGGAAGCACUUAAAGAAGCAAUGCUCAAUAAGCAGUCUUUACUUAGUGAUACAUGUGCAAAUGUGUCACUAAAGAAUCACGGCUUUGAGUGUAUUUACAUAAAACAAUGGAAUGAUACAAGUCACAUGCAUUGUUUUUGUCACUGUAAUGUAUUUAUAAUCAGUUACUCAUUAAUUUGUUUGACUUACGCAUUCUUUAUUUGACUAUACGAACACCAGCGUGAUUUGAUACAUUGGAUACAGUUUGAAUCACUGCUUACAAGGACACUUGAUGGAAGUGUUGGACUUUGUCGCCCUCUGUCGGUGAAAAUUGCAGCAGCAGCUUGUUAGUGUGGCGUGAUUAUUGCUUAUUGGGCUCCUGACAAGGCAGAUUUUACUCGGCUUAAGUUUGUUUUGCUCUUGCAGUUAUUAGCAUUUGAAAGCACUAAAUGCACAUAUGUUGUAUGAACUUUUUUUGAUGCUUUCACAUAUUUUUUGUGACAGACAUACAUGUAUACCAGACAGGGGCGAUUGAAAGCCAUGAAUGCCAAUCAUUUUAUUCGGGGAGCAUCACAAUUUUUUUUUAUACCAUUGAAUGAAUGAAUGUUGGUAACCAAGGUAGUCAGUGGUGGUGUUGGGUUAUAAUGCUUGCAGUUCAUUUGAAUGUCAGUGCUCUCUCGGCAUUUCAGGAAGUUUGCUGCAUCCAGUUCCUUUAACUGCUGCAGUUACAAGAGGUAACUUUAACAUAUUUUUUCCAAACUAAAUAUACAAACAAAUAUUUAGUCUACUUUACUUUUCAUGUAUUCAUUUGUCUUGAUUUUAAUAAACCCUUGAGUAUAAAUAACACAUUUGAAUCCAGAUGGGACGGUGCUGUAUUCAGUGUUGUGCUUUCCCCUGUUGGUUGUAAAUGAUACUGCAAACGUCGACUGUCCACAGCAGGGGUGGGCAAAUAUUUGGACUCGAGGGCCGCAUUGAGUUAACAAAAUUGUCUGGGGGGCCAGACCAUAUACGUAUUUAACACACACACACUAUUUUAUGCUUAUCAUUUUCCUUGAAUUAUUUGUCUAAUUUUAUCUGUAAAAGUGUUAUCCUAUAUCAGUUGUAUGUUCUCAUGUCCCUUUUUUAGGAGCACUUUAAACAUCACACCACAUCAAACUAUGUCAUUUAAUUUUACAGUUUUGUUGUUUAUUUUUUACUAAAUCAGACAUCCGACUUGCAAGUCAUGUUGCCAGUUUGUAUGUUAAAAGUUGAAGUUACUUAGAAAGCAACUGGCGGGCCGGAUUCAAACGCUUGGUGGGCCGCAUGUGGCCCCCGGGCCGUAGUUUGCCCACCCCUGGUCCACAGGGUUCUUAAUUAAAGGGGACCCAUUAUGCAAAUUAUUUGACCCUUUGUAUUGAGUUGUGGACUCCUAUUGAGCAGCUACACACAGUAUCCCGCACAGAAAGCUUUCUCGGUCUUCCAGAAUCUGCAACUAUUCCAGCUGGAUUUAUGCUUCCCGCCAAAAUGGUCUGUUUUAAUUUAUUACAUCCAAGGCCUGCCUUCGGGCAUGCCCGCUCCACUGUGAUUGGUCACACUCCCAAACUAUUGACUACUGCAAACAACACUUGAGUCUACUUGAGUGAGUAUAGGAGUUGAUGAUAAAUGAAGUCUUUGGAGAGCUAAUUGAAAAGUGUGUAGGAGCUACUGGCAGCUCAUGAUCUACUGACUUAGCGUGUGUGAACAAAGAGUAAAAAAGACAUUUGACAUUUUAAGCACAGAAAGCUUUCUAGAUCUUCCAGGAUCUGCACCUAUUCCAUCUGUAUUUCCUUGGACUUCCAGAACGAUUUGUUUUAAUUCAUUCCGCCCACGGGCCGCCUCCGGGCCCACCCACGCCACUGUGAUUGGUCCAGAGUACUGCUGAACCCCACUUUCAAAUUUUGUCAGAAGAGGAGUUGACUGUUGUUAGCUUGUCCCCAGGCAUGUCCAUUCAGCUGUUGACGAGUGUUCAGAGCCAUCCCAAACUUCUUUCAGGCGUUGGCAUUUGCCGUCGUUUAACAUGAGAAUACAACAUUGCAACUCCAUAGGUCAGAAAAGUGGAAAAAGCAUAAUAAUAAUAAUAAUAAAUAAUAAUUAACAGAGGUUAACUGACAGGUUUGUAAGUUUCCACAAGUGUAAAAUGUGUAUAUCACCCCUCUCCAUCACCUACUGUAUUAUGAUGACUCCUUUCACAAUUAUCAGCCUUUGCUAGUGCCAUUGUGUGAAGCAUAGCAACACAUGUACACAUGCGCACACAAACACACAGAGAUCGAUGGAAAUAGACUUAAUGAGCUUACUGGCAUCUCAUGGCUCCCUUUUGCUCUCUUUACGUAGUAUGUAAUCUCUGUGGAUUAAGAGACUUUACUUGGAGGUAAAAGAUGCUCACUCAUUGGAGACAAGAAGGCGCCCUCGGGCGAGGAGGAGGUUUCAUGGCCUACGCAAGAGACCGGCUAUUCAUCUAAUUUAUAUUUGUUAUCACAAUAUAUGACCGGGAUCUCUGCAAAGUAGACCAAAGAAAAGAAGCAGCCUGGAGGAACAUCUGCACGAAGAGUCUGAGAAGACAAGCUCCAGGCUUGUUAUAGAUCUGACUCUGGAAUCCAUGGAAAUGUCCAAUGACCAGUUUCAGUCUGUGACGGUGAGCGUGGAGUCGCUUCUGCGUGACGCCAAAAGGAUGCAGACACAGUGUCGCGAGCGCAGCGACCAGCUAUCGUUGGCCGCAACGCAGCUGCGUGUGGAGUCGGCAGCGCUCAGGGAGCAGUGCGAGGCCUCGCAGCUUGACAUGGCACGCAUACGACGCCAGCUGGAUGAGCUGAUGGAGACCAAGUGGGCCUUCGAAGCCCGUGAGAGGCAGGCACGCAAGCUCAGCAAGCAGCUUUGAGAUGAUCACUUUUCAUCAUUUCAAAAGAAAACACGUGUCUGUGUCCAAUAUAGUCUCAUCUAUGAUAUAAUAUCAACUUUAUAUGGCUUUGGGGACUAUACAGUAUAAUACAGAUAAUAGAGAUAUAAUAGAGAUACAGUAUAAGGUGUUGAGGAAUUAUGUGUAAUUAUUGCCAUUUUGAAUUGAAUUGUCAAUUACUGAAUGAUAUGAACUAUUUUGAAACUGUGGAUAGCAUUUAGUAGUUUACCAGUUAGAUUUAAUAUAUAUGUUUCAUAUUAAGAGGUAGAUCACUUGUAACUUGCAUGGUGAAAAAGUGUGUACACCCCUGAUACACAUGUAUAAAUGUACUAUAUACUACACUAUACUAUAUACGUAUGUACUGUAUGAACGUAAGAGAGCGUUAAUGUCCUAUGUAAAUUAUGGCAGUAUUGCACAACAGCGCCUGUUACUGGUCAGUGGUGGUAUGUGCAAGAUUCUGACUUCAUGUUUACCGUGUACUUUGUCAUUUCCAAUGUAAUCUGCACUUUCUUGUGUGAUUUAUAAUCAGUCAUGCACAAUGUAGAUUAUCCCUUGACCAAAGUCGACGCUCACCUGUCAUUCCUUUGUCAAACUGUGGUAAUAUUUUAUGUCUUUGUAACCAUUUUGUUGUCAAUAUGCUCUUUCCUCUCGUUGCUACGUGGUUUAGGCUAAUUGCCGGGCCUCAUUUAGCAUAGCACACUGCACGUUAGCAGUGGCAGCCAUGAUGGCCAUGUGAGAUAUGUUCAGGGACAUCACGUAAAAGUUUUUAACAAGUUAACUUUGGAUCACCGCGGAUUUCAUUGUUUUGUUAGUGCACCUAUGAAACACUUGAUUUAAAAAAUGGAGUUAUAGCUUCUGUAGCAAGUGCUCAGACAUUAUUAUCCAGUGACCAAAGUCGACACUCGCCUGUCAUUGCUGUGUCAAAAUGUGUUUGUUACAGCCAGGACACACUCCAAAUAAAAUAAGUCCAUAAUC